UUAUUUGGAUUAUAAUUUUUUUCAAUCCUAAUCAUAUGCACUGAAAAAAAAGAUCGAUUAUCAAAUAUUCGACAAUAAAAUAUGAAUGAUCUUAAACCGGAAGAUCGAUUUGAAUGUGAAUUAGAGGGCCAUGAACUAAGAAAUUAUGGUCCAAAUUCAUGGAUGGUUAGACCUUGUGAAUGGUAUCUACAAGAAUAUAAAGAUUGUAAAUCAAUAAGAGCACGAUUACAUCAAUAUUUUAUUUCGGGUACAAUCGAUAAUUGUGACAAUUGGCGUGAUGAUUAUCAUAAUUGUUAUCAAUUUAGAAACACUAAAAAUCCAGCCUAUUUGAAUCGUGUGAUUGAAAGUGAACUAUUGCGCAAACAGAAACGAAUGUCACAAUCCAAAGCAAAUGAUGUUUGGGAAUAUCGUACUGAACCGCCCAAUGAUUGGAACAAACCGAUUACAGACGAAUGAAGCAAUCUUCAAAUGAUAAACACAUAUUUUUUUUCUAUUAUCAAUUGUGAUUGUAUUAUUUGUUUUUGUCAUAAUUUAGCUAUAAAUUGUC